CAGAUUUUCUUUUCGUUUCCCAGAGAGAGAGUGAAAGGGUCUCUGCGGCGAACGAAAGCUUGAAAUCUCCGAUUAAGCCAUGAAUGCUCCCGACCGAUACGAGAGAUUCGUCGUCCCUGAAGGAACCAAGAAGGUUUCUUAUGAUAGGGACACGAAGAUCAUCAAUGCUGCUUCGUUCACGAUUGAGAGAGAAGACCAUACGAUUGGAAACAUUGUCCGCAUGCAACUUCACCGCGACGAGAAUGUCUUGUUUGCUGGAUACCAGCUGCCUCAUCCUCUUAAGUACAAAAUUAUAGUGAGGAUUCAUACAACAAGCCAGUCUUCCCCGAUGCAAGCAUACAACCAGGCCAUCAAUGAUCUCGACAAGGAGCUCGACUAUUUGAAGAACCAGUUUGAGGCAGAGGUAGCCAAGUUUUCAAAUCAGUACUAGGGAACUCAGAGGUCUCCAUCAGAACAUCGGGAAGAAACGCUUAACAUUGUCCUUCGCUAAGCCCAAGCCACAAGACUUAUAAUGAGCUUAUGAAAUUUUCCCCCAGUUAUGCUUUGUGUAAAUCAGAAACAAAUCGCCCUGUAACUUGUUUUAACUCUAUGUUUUAAACAUCUUUCAGGCUUCUAAGAAGUAAUGCUAAGAUUAACUCUUCUUUUUACCA